AUGUUGGCAAACAUUGCUAGAAACGUGAGAAGUUCUUCUCUCAGACAGCUGAGAUACAACUCCACCAAGGUGACCGGUUCCGUGAUCGGUAUCGAUUUGGGAACCACGAACUCUGCUGUCGCCGUGAUGGAGGGAAAGACUCCAAGAAUCAUUGAGAACGCCGAGGGUUCCAGAACUACUCCAUCUGUCGUUGCCUUCACCAAGGACGGUGAGAGAUUGGUCGGUAUUCCAGCCAAGAGACAAGCUGUGGUCAACCCAGAGAACACCUUGUUUGCUACAAAGAGACUGAUUGGUAGAAGGUUUGAGGAUCAAGAGGUGCAAAGAGAUUUGAAGCAAGUUCCAUACAAGAUCGUCAAGCACACCAAUGGUGACGCUUGGGUUGAGGCCAGAGGCCAGAAAUACUCCCCAGCCCAAAUUGGAGGUUUCAUUCUUAACAAGAUGAAAGAGACUGCCGAGGCAUACCUCGGUAAGCCUGUCAAGAACGCUGUCGUUACUGUUCCAGCAUACUUCAACGACGCUCAAAGACAAGCCACCAAAGAUGCAGGUGCUAUUGUUGGUUUGAACGUUGCCAGAGUUGUCAAUGAACCUACUGCCGCUGCCUUGGCUUACGGUUUGGAGAAGACUGACACUAACGUCGUCGCCGUGUUCGACUUGGGUGGAGGUACCUUCGAUAUCUCUAUCUUGGACAUUGACAACGGUGUCUUUGAGGUCAAGUCCACCAAUGGUGACACUCACUUGGGUGGUGAGGACUUUGACAUUGCUUUGGUUAGAUACAUCGUCGACGCUUUCAAGAAGGAGUCCGGUAUCGACCUUCAAAACGACAGAAUGGCCAUUCAAAGAAUCAGAGAAGCCGCUGAGAAGGCCAAGAUUGAGCUGUCCUCUACUCUUUCUACCGAGAUCAACCUUCCUUUCAUCACUGCUGACGCUUCCGGUCCAAAGCACAUCAACUUGAAGAUGUCCAGAUCUCAACUUGAGCAACUGGUUGAGCCAUUGAUCAAGAAGACUGUCGAGCCAGUCAAGAAGGCUCUUAAGGAUGCUGGUCUUUCUACCUCUCAAAUCUCCGAGGUUAUCCUUGUUGGUGGUAUGACCAGAAUGCCAAAGGUUGUCGAGACCGUCAAGUCUCUGUUUGGUAAGGAGCCAUCUAAGGCUGUUAACCCAGAUGAAGCUGUUGCCAUUGGUGCCGCUAUCCAAGGUGCUGUGUUAUCCGGUGAGGUCAAGGAUGUCUUGCUUUUGGACGUUACUCCAUUGUCUCUUGGUAUUGAGACUCUGGGUGGUGUCUUCACUAGAUUGAUCCCAAGAAACACUACUGUUCCAACCAAGAAGUCCCAGAUUUUCUCCACUGCUGCUUCUGGUCAAACCUCCGUUGAGAUCAGAGUGUUCCAAGGUGAGAGAGAACUCGUCAGGGACAACAAACUGAUUGGCAACUUCACUCUUUCAGGUAUUCCACCAGCUCCAAAGGGUGUUCCACAAAUUGAAGUCACUUUUGACAUUGACGCUGACGGAAUUAUCAAUGUUUCUGCCAAGGACAAGGCAUCUGGUAAGGACAACUCCAUCACUGUUGCUGGCUCCUCCGGAUUAUCUGACGCUGAGAUCGAGAAGAUGGUUAACGACGCCGAGAAGUUCAAGGAGCAGGACAGAGCUAGAAAGGAGGCAAUUGAGCAAGUCAACAGAGCCGACCAACUCUGUGCCGACACUGAGAAGUCUCUUGAGGAGUUCAAGGAGAAGCUGGACGCUACCGAGGUCGAGAACAUCAACAAGAAGAUCGCUGAGUUGAGAGAGAUCAUCGUGAAGGUCAACGGUGGUGAGACUGUUGAGGCCGACGAAAUCAAGACCAAGUACGAAGAGUUGCAAGCUGACUCAUUGAAACUGUUUGAGAAACUGUACAAGGACGGUAACGCUUCGAGCUCCGAGUCUUCUGGUGAGCAAAAAUAA